AGAUUCCAAAGGCCCUAGAGCUCCUCGGUUGGACCCAGGCGGCAACGUCAGUCCCUCGCCCUGCGAGAUAGCACCGUGUCUGUGCUCGAACGUUUAUUAAAGGCAUCACGGGCCGCCCGCCUUGUGUCUACGUGUCGAUAUUGUGAAACACGCCACGAGUUCACAUAUCUUUGCUAGGCCUUCUUUCGACACAGGCUGUUCUGUUAUCUAUCUCCAUCUCCUAAAUAGGAGGAGAAGUUGACGACAGCAGCAGCAGCAGCCAUGGCCCGCGACCAACAUCCCGACCUGGCCUCGGAUGCCGUCACGGCACAGCCCGCCGUCGUGACGCAGAAUCCCGACGAUCUCUCACGCAAGGAGGAAGCCGCCGUGCUGGGCAUCGACGAAAAGGCCGGCAUCAACGACGAUGGAGACGUCAACAUCGCUGAGCGUGUAGGCUCCGACAGCGACGGCGGGCUCAAGCACGGCGAGGACGGACGGCCGCUCUACACGCUGCGCAACCUCAACGGCGAGGAGGAGGCCGUGGAUGAGGACGACGAGCGCAUCCGCGACAUUCCCCCGUACGUGCGACGCGUCGUCAGCCUACACGACGACCCGACGGAGCCGACGCUCACGUUCCGCUACUUCUUGCUCACGAUCCUGUUCGUGGCGCCGGGAGCGUUCCUCUCGCAGAUGGCGCACUACCGCACCACCUCGGCACCAUACUCCGUCUUCUUCGUGCAGAUCGCAUCCAACUACGUCGGCGUAUGGCUCGCAAAGGUGCUCCCCGCGUGGAGGGUGCGCGUGCCGUUUACGCCCUGGGGCUUCAGCCUCAACCCGGGGCCCUUUAGCACAAAGGAGCACGUCCUGGUGACCAUCUCGGCCGCGUCGGGCGCCACCUAUAACCUGGGCUACACGCCCAUCAGCAUGAGCGAGCUGUACUUUGGCGAGCGCGUCAACGGCGCCGUGGCUGUCUUCUUCAUGCUGGCCAUUACCUGGACGGGGUACUCGUACGCGGCGCUGGCUCGGCAGUUUCUCAUCUACGACCCGCAUUUUCCUUGGUUUCAAUCCCUCUGCCAGACGGCGCUCUUCGAGACGCAGCGCAAGCAGCGCGACCACCCGACGCGCCUGUCGCGCAAGCAGAUCCAGGUCUUCUUCGGGGUGCUCGCGGCCGUGAUCCUCUGGCAGUUCCUGCCCGAGUUCGCCUUCCCAAUGCUCGGCUCGCUGGCGUUCCUGUGCUGGGUGGCGCCGCACAACAAGGUGGCCAACUUUAUCGGCGGCGGCUUCGGCGGCAUGGGCUUCCUCAACCUGAGCCUCGACUGGUCCAGCAUCUCCGCGUUUGGCAGCCUCUUCCUCACGCCGUGGUGGACGCAGGUCAUCAUGUUCAGCGCCUUCGUGGUCGGCUGCUGGGUGCUGCUGCCGGCGGCCAAGUUUGGGGGGCUGGGCAGCUGGGACCACGGACUCAUGUCGAACCGCGUGUUUUUGGCAAACGGUACCAAAUACCCCCUCAACGACCUCCUAACGCCGCAGAUGACGCUCAACGAGACGGCCUACGCCGAGUACGGCGAGCUGUACGUCGGGGCGCAGUACCUAUGGAACAUGUUCUUCGACUACGCGGGCUACGCCUCGGCGCUCGUGUGGAUGGGCCUCUUUGGCUACGGCGAGCUCAAGGACGCGCUGGGCAAGUUUCUCGAGCGCCAGGGCCGCAAAAAGUCGAGCGACGGCAGCGGCGAUGCCCGGGCCACCAAGAUUGCAGAGCAGUACGUUGACCAGCUGAGCGUGCUGCAGCGGUCGUACGACGAGGUGCCCUUUUGGUGGUUCGCGGCGCUCUUCGCGGCCAGCUUCCUCAUCAUGGUGGUCAUCACGGCCAAGAACCUGCUCUUCAUCCCCGUGUGGACGUAUUUUGUGGGCAUCGCGACAGGUGCCAUUGUCGUGGUGCCUUUGGGCUGGCUGUAUGCGCUGUCCAACUUUCAGCUGGCCAUUGGCACAACAAACGAGCUCUGGUACGGCCUCAUGGUCAACGCCGUGUCGGGCUUCAAGAACCCGUGCGGCGCGUCGGCGUACGGCUCCAUCGCGGGCGACGCGUGGUACCGCGCGCAGCUCAACCUUCAGGACAUGAAGAUUGGGCACUACAUGCACAUACCGCCCAAGGCCGUCUUCUUCAGCCAGGUGUUUGGGUCGCUCAUCGGCAUCCCCAUCGACUACGCGGUGAUCCGGUGGGUGCUCGACACAAAGGCCGACUACCUCGCCGGCACCCUCCAGGACCCGACGCACCAGUGGACGGGCCAGGCCCUCGCGCAGUCGCUCACGCUGGGCGUGCAGUAUGUGCUCGUGGGACCCAAGCGGCUCUUCCGGCAGGACCUGUUUCGCGUCGUGCCGUACGGCUUCCUCGUCGGCGCGGCGGUGCCCGUCGUCAUCUACGCGCUGCACCGCCGCUUCCCCCGCGCCAAGUUCCACCUGGCCAACUCGACCAUCUUCUUCAGCUGCAUGUCCAACUUUUACGGAAACAUCAGCACCGGCUACUUCAGCUCGUUCCUGGGCGGCUUCGUCGUCAUGUACUGGGCGUACCGCUACCGCUACGAGAUGUGGGCGCGCUGGAACUACAUCCUGGCUGCGGCGUUUGACGCGGGCUUCAACUUUAACAUGCUGCUGAUUUUCCUGUUCUUUGGCGCCGGCAAGAUCAUCACCAUGCCGAACUGGUGGGGGAACAAUGCCGACAGCAGCGAGCGAUGCUUUGCGCUGGCCGAGUCAUGAUUAAUUGGGUUGGCCCGCCUCGGCAUAUGUGGAAUCACACGAUGGAGGGUGGCACUUUAGGAAGAAGUGCUUGAAAUAUACAGAGAAUACCCUACUCAUCUAUGAGAUAAUCUACGCAUGCUCCUGGUGCAUCAGCUCUCCGCCGUUGCCACUCUCCUUCUUGCUGCCCAUGCCUCCGGGGCCGUCGGUCCUCGUGUCGCCGCUCAGGCCGCCCUCGCUGCCGCCAUCCUCAUCGGCACCGACCUCAAGCUCGAUACCGGCCUGGCGGCGGAGGCGGGCCAUGUGCUCGGCCGAAGGCGGCUCCCAGCUGCUGCUCCGCCAAGGCUUGAUGCCCUCGAGAUACAUGGUGUCGAUCUCCUCCAACGUGCGGCCCUGACCCUCGACGACGAAGAAGUAGACGAGCAAAGCGGCGACAAAGUUGCAGCCGGCAAAGACGUAGCCAUAGCUGAAGUCGAUGGACUUGAAGAUGAAAGGCGUGAAGAAGCCGAUGCAAAAGUUCCAGAUCCAAUUGCUGGCAGUGCCGAGAGCCAUGCCCUUGGCGCGGUAGCGCGAGGGAAACAACUCAGCCUGAAUAGUCCAGAUCAUGGGGCCCCAAGUGGUGGCGAAGCCGAGAACAAAAAGGGAGCCGAAUACGAUGAGCACGAUGCCCGGAGUGGGCGUGCUGGCCGGGUCGUUGACGUCGAGGACGAAGUGGCCGACGGAGGCGAAGAUGAUGAGGCACACAAACAUCCAAGCGGCGCCGCCAAUGAGCGACUUGCGGCGGCCGUAGUGCUCGACAAUGUACAGGCCGAGGAAGGUGGUGACGAAGUUGAUGGUGUUGAGGAUGAUUUGGGUGAUGAAGCUGUCGAUCUGGACCGACUUGAAGAUGGUGGUGCCGUAGUAGAAGAAGUAGUUUGCGCCCGUCAGCUGCUGGAACAUCUGCAGGGCGACACCGAGGGCGAUGCGGUAGGCCAUGCGCGGCGCUCGAAACAUGCCGACGAACUCAGCCACGGGGCCCCCCUGGAUCUUAUCCUCGGCGCGCAGCUUGCUUUCGAUCUCCUCGAUCUGCGUGUGGACGGCCCAGUGGUUCUCGCCAGCGCCGUAGACGCGGCACAGCGUCUGGCGGGCACGCUCAACACGCCCAUGGCGGUAGUCGAAGCGCGGCGUCUCGGGAAAGGCCAAGAUGCCGAAGCCCAGGACCAGCGUCCAGACCCAGCCGAGGCC